AUGGGGCAGGAUACUAUGCGAUCGCCAGCACGGAAGAGUCGCCUCUUCGAUUACGAGCGCUUCAGAUUUACUCCCGUAGCUAAGUCGAAGAAAGCGCACCGGCUCUGGGAUCGAAAACCAACUACCCCCGUCGUUCCGCGCUCGAGAUCACAGAAGAUCUGGAAACGAUACCUUGCAUCUACGUCAUUAGAAGGAGAUGAUAUGCGCGACACGGAUAGCUUCUGUACCGAAAUAAACUUGGCUGCGACACUGGCGGCGCUACGUGGCGUGAAAAGGUUGCGACUUGCGCAAACUGCAGAUUGGGAGCGUGGACGGUCGUUCUUGGAAACAAAGUGGGAAACUGAAACUGGGGACCGAAGACGAAAAUACGUUGCGCCAGCGGAGGAGGGGGAGGAUGUUGUUGAUAGUGUGGGAACAGCAACAGCAACAACAACAACAACGUCAGGCGACUUAUUAGUUCGGCAAGGUAGCGAAUGCGAUGGUCUGGGGCUCCUCGACGACGAGGUUUGUAGCAGUCCUUGCGUCGAUCAGAGUGAGACUCCGCAACUUGAGGAUACGAGCUCGCCGGAGGAAACAGUAUCAGAGGCUGUGACGCCGCCGGAAGAGAGGAUGAUAAACGACGAGCUCAACCUGGAGAAGAAGACCACCUCAGAUUCCUGCCCUGGAGAACGCGGGGAUACUGAAGAGGAAACCUAUUUUGAUGCUGUAGGAGAACCGAUGGCGGCUGGUCAGGGACAACGGGAAAAACCACCACACAGUACCUCACUACGGAACAUCUCCAUCCUCGACGGCGAGGAUGCAGAGCUCAUCUCGGACUUCCUCUCCCAGGCACAAGCCAAAAGGGCUGCCAUCACCCCCAUGAAGGGAGACGCCGCUGUUGACCGUGUUCCCGAUUCCCCUACUCCCAACCCACGGCGUGCCCUUGAAGCCGUGGACAGCAACUCACCUCGCUCGCACAGACGACAUGCAUCUCCGGAGAAAACACAGCCUCCAAACCUCUAUUUUACCAGACGUCCGUCGCGCGGAGGCUCUUCGAAGACCAUCGAGAUCGUGGAGAGGGAAAACGGAAUGCCAUUCUCUCCCGUGCUUGAGAUGGCUUAUGAGCAUCACCGCCAUGCACCCAGGAUCCCAGACCAGAUACCAAUGCGCCGCCGUAAGGGCACAGAAUUUAUAUUUAUGCAGCGAACAGAUGAUCAGCAAACUGCGCUUCUCACCAAGGCCAACACGAGACUGAACAAGGGCACUAAACCUCCUUAUAAACUACUACCUAUACUCAACAAAGCCAUAGCAGCUCUCGAGCAGAGUCCAGAGAUCAACCAACCACGGCCACCGCAGGACCAAUCGAAGAAGCAGGUGAAGUGGAACGACGACGCCCUGAUUGAGUUCUGCGGGGAGAAAGUGCCCGAAUUCGACGCGGACGUUUAUCAGAACUCGCAGGCCAUCGAACGCAGCUUGCGGUCCUCGUGUAGACGGAGCGCGAGCAAACCGCCGCAGCAACAGGUUGAUGGCGUGGACAAGAGCAAACCGGAGGAACCCAUCCCGUUCCUAGCACCGGUGUUGAUACCCGCGCCAGCAACGCCGUACCGUUCCACGCCCGUACCGCGGAAGAUGCGAAAGCUCGUUGGUGCCAAACACCUCGACGUCCACCCGAACGAAGGCGAGAGCCCACCAGUCACCCGCAUAAAUCUGACCAUGAAGGCCACGACGGUGUUCCCUGGCACCCCGCUCCGACACAAGAAGACCUUCUCGCUGGCCCAGAGCGUUCCACGGACUCUCUCGCUGAAACCGUCGAAAUCAUCUACGUCGGCGUCGACGUCGGCAUCGGCAUCGGCGUCUGGACCCGGGCUGAGCUCCGGCGUUAGCUACCCAACCGUGCUACUCAGGAAACAGACGAAAUCAUAG